GAUCACUCUUAAGAGUUCAGUUCUCACCCAUCCUAAGAUUGACUACAACCAAGUUUCAAAAACUGAUUGUAGUUGUAGCAGGCCUUAGUAGCGGCCCAAGCCCAAGACUAUUAUGAUUUUAUCAUUUUAUUUACACCCUGUUCCAAACCCUAACUAUUUAUUCACCUAGACGGCGGGGAGAGCUAGUCUCGUCUUCCCACUUCUGCCUCAAGCGGCUGCGACUUUGUAAAUCAUGGUUAAGCACAAUAAUGUCGUGCCUCAUUCUCAUUUUAGAAAGCAUUGGCAGAACUAUGUGAAGACAUGGUUCAAUCAACCAGCUAGGAAGAACAGAAGGAGAAUUGCUAGACAAAAGAAGGCGGUGAAGAUUUUCCCCAGGCCUACUGCUGGCCCCCUACGCCCUAUUGUCCAUGGUCAGACUUUGAAGUAUAACAUGAAACUGAGGGCUGGUAGAGGGUUCACUCUCGAGGAGCUCAAGGCUGCAGGCAUCUCAAAGAAGCUUGCGCCUACCAUUGGCAUAGCAGUUGAUCACCGUCGCAAGAAUCGUUCCCUAGAGGGUCUUCAAGCCAAUGUUCAGAGGCUCAAGACAUACAAGGCCAAAUUGGUUGUUUUCCCAAGGCGCUCACGGAAAUUCAAGGCCGGUGACUCUGCUCCUGAGGAACUGGCAUCAGCAACUCAAGUUCAAGGACAAUACAUGCCUCUUGUACGUCAGAAGCCAUCUGUUGAGCUUGUGAAGGUCACUGAAGAGAUGAAGUCAUUCAAGGCAUAUGGCAAGCUUCGUGUGGAACGGAUGAACAAACGCCAAAUUGGUGCCAGAAUGAAGAAGGCAGCAGAGGCUGAGAAGGAAGAAAAGAAGUAAAUUGCUUCAGAGGGCUGUUUUCUGUAGUUUUGGACCUUAACUGUUGAUCAGACUUGUCGUGGAUAAGGUUGUGGUUCAGUUCUGGCUUUAAUAUUAUCAGCUGAGGUAUGGUUAUGGAGCUUCACAUUAUCUGAGAUUACUUCUGUGGACUUUGUGAUUUUGUUAUAAAUAUUUUCCUUUCAUUGAGUUAUUUCUCAGAAAUUUUUUGAAAAGCAUACUGACUAUACCCUUGGAAGGAGCCUAUAUCUUUGUCUAAAAAAAGGAAAACCUUUUU